AUGGUGGGACUAGCUCAACCAAUGCCUAAGAAGGUGUCAAGGAGCCAGCUCGACCGACAGCUCGAUCGAGCUAGAAACCAGGGCAACUCGAUCGAGCUACACAACUCGACCAAGUCUGAGAGUGAGAGGCUGAGGGAAGAAAGGAGAACCAAGAAGAGGAAUGACCCUAUAAGUAGUGAGAGUGAGCAAGGAGAGUUUGAGAUUGGAGUGAACCUUGUUCAAGAGGAGGGAAAUGGUUCUCCAAAUGAAGAAGGAGUGAUGGACUGA